GGGAAAACUACACUUCCCGUCAUGCCUCAGCGCGCCGCCCGGCGUCUCCCCAGUCACCGCCUCUUCCCACGGAAAUGAAAGGAGCACUUCCGGGUUCGGCAGGAAGCUGGGGCCGGCGGCGUUCCUGAGGGCCUCCGGGCGAAGCUCCUCCUCCGUUCCGGUCUUUCUAGAAGCCGCGCUUUGAUCUCGGCGGUGCGGAACAGCGUCGCAGACGCUCGUGCGAGCCCCUCAUGGCGGAGACGACCCCGAACGGCCCGCAGGGGGCGGGCGCCGUGCAAUUCCUGAUGACCAAUAAACUGGACACAGCAAUGUGGCUUUCUCGCUUGUUCACAGUUUACUGCUCUGCUUUGUUUGUUCUGCCUCUUCUUGGGUUGCAUGAAGCAGCGAGCUUUUACCAGCGUGCUCUGCUGGCCAAUGCUUUGACCAGUGCUCUGAGGCUACACCAAAGGUUGCCACACUUCCAGUUAAGCAGAGCAUUCCUGGCCCAGGCUUUAUUAGAAGACAGCUGCCACUACCUGUUGUAUUCACUCAUCUUUGUCAAUUCCUAUCCUGUUACAAUGAGUAUUUUUCCAGUCUUGUUAUUCUCUUUGCUUCACGCUGCCACGUAUACGAAAAAGGUCCUUGAUGCAAAGGGUUCAAAUAGUUUACCUCUGCUGAGAUCUGUCUUGGACAAAUUAAGUGCUAAUCAACAAAAUAUUCUGAAAUUCAUUGCUUGUAAUGAAAUAUUCUUGAUGCCUGCUACAGUUUUUAUGCUUUUUAGUGGGCAAGGAAGUUUGCUCCAGCCUUUUAUAUACUAUAGAUUCCUUACUCUUCGAUAUUCCUCAAGAAGAAAUCCAUAUUGUCGGACGUUGUUUAAUGAACUGAGGAUUGUUGUUGAACACAUAAUAAUGAAGCCCGCUUGCCCACUGAUCGUGCGAAGACUUUGUCUCCAGAGCAUUGCCUUUAUAAGCAGAUUGGCACCAACAGUUGCGUAGUCGAACAUCCAGUUAAGCUAUAGAUAUAAUAUAAGCAUUAUUAGCAGCUGGUACUUCUGCGAGGGCUUGUAAAUUCCAGGUGUUCUACUGACCUCAAUCCGAUUUACAGAAUUUACAUAAAUGCAUCUCAAUGGAAAAAUAAUCAUUUUCCUGGCAUGUUAAAUCAAGCUUAAAAAGUUACGAGUAAAUUUUUCUAUGCUGUGUUGCUAAUGGUUAAGGAAAUUUGUAUCUAGUGAUAAAUGUACCACAUUUUUUUUAAGAUGCUGUUGUUGCCUAUAUCAUGAAAUACAUUCAUUUCUCUUGUAAAAAUAGCUCUAAAAUUUGUUUCAACCGAGUUAGUAACCUGAAUUUAUAUUUGGCAUGAGUUUGUUAUGGUAAUAUUAACAUAUGAGAAUUCACUAAAUUUUGAGACAGUAUUCUUCCUUCUAGUAAUUUUGGUUAAUGAUUUAAACAGAAGCACUUCCCACUGUAUCUCACUUCAGAUUGUUACUGAAUUGAUUUUGUGCUGCUUUGUUAGGACAGGUUUAUUUUGGAUGUACCAUUAUAAAAGGAAUUCUACAUGUAUCAUUUGCUGUGACCUAAAAUUUUAUUUCUAUAAGUACUUCUGUGGCUUUGAGUAUUUUUCAAAAGGCUCAACUUGUAAGCCUUUAUCCAGUUGGACAAAUACAUUUGGGGUUAUCUAACCAUUUUAUAUCAGAAAACAGUAACACAGCUUUCCUUUCAUAGAUCCAUUGAGUAACAUUUCUGAAAUAGGAAAUCCUUCCUUGACAAAUGUGGACACGUAAAUUAUUAGUAGUAUUAUAGUUUGUAGCAUUACCCAGUUCAGAUUCUUGACGGCCAAUUUUCUCGGUUUCCUAGGCUUGAAUUUUUGUAGACAAUUGCGGCAGUUCAGAUGCCGUUUGAAAGGAACAUAAAUGAAUAUUGAGCAUCUGACUAUAUUUGUGUCUGUUCUGAAAUAAUAAUGAAGAGUAUCCUGUAGAUUACAUAUUUAUCCAUGAAAUCUGAUUUAAAAGUUUAAUUGGAAAGUUUUAUAGGUAAGGAAAUUGACUGGGAAUGGGACUGGGGCAGGAGCUGUGGGGAAUAGUGUGCAUUUCAGUCUUGUAAUGCAUAGGUAAAUUUCGGGGAAUUGGAUGUAUUAUGCAACUGUGAUUUGGGUUGUAUAAUGUGUUAAAUCGCAUUCAUUGAGCUCCCAUCAACUGUUAUGAAAUUCAUUCUGAUCCUCAUUACUGUUGCAUGAUUGGAAAUGUUUAAAAAUUGCACAAUUUUAGUAUAGAGUAAUGCAAUGGUUUUGUAACCAGUUUUCUUCUGUCUGCAUGUAAUUUGGAUUUCUCAAAUGCAUUGAUUAGUAACUUAACAGUAACAUCAGUUUUCUUUUUUGUUCAACUUCCUAAUCUAUAGAAAGAUGAUCUUCUUAGGAUAGAUUACAAGAAAAGUUCUACUUGAUACCUUAACUAGAACCAACUAUUUUUGUAUUUUUGUAAUAUUUAUCCACUAAGUUGGAGAAGCAGCCUCAAUAUGUAGUUGAUUUUGUGUGUGUGUGGCUGAUCUCAUUAUCUCUAUAUCUGUAAUCUGAUGGUUUUAAAAACUAAACUUUCUAGAGCAAUAAAGUGACUAUAAUGUUAAGUAAAUGUACUACUGAUUUCUAAUUAUGUUUUUAAGAAUUGAGUCUUGAAUUAUAUCAGAAAAUUUUGGCAGCUGAAGGCUUAUUUGUUUUGAAGUUAUUAGAGUGUUUUUCCUCCAAUUUUUUUUUAUCUUUUACAGAAGAGUUUCAAAAAUGUACAGUUUUUUAUAGCCUUUAUUCAGCUUCCUCUUAAGUUAACAUCUUACACAACUAUGGAAUAUUUAUGCAAAGUAAAAAAUUAAGCCUACAAUAAUAAUAACUAAAGUACAAAGUUUAUUUGAAUUUUACCAGUUUUUCCAUUUUUUAUUUUCUUUUUGUGUGCUCUGUUUUUACCAUGAUUGUCUUUUACUUUUAAAGAUCUACGUAAGUGUGUUUCUGGUUUGAGGUUUUCCUCUUUUUUUUUUGAAAAUUACUGUUAGUCAAAAAAAUUUCCCUAAGGAAAAUAAUUCGUGUUGGUUUUAACAAAAAGAAUUUUAACAUUAAAAUUACUACACUGUAAAGCAUUCUGCUUUAAAUCAAGGCUUUUUGUCACACAGCAGGAUUAUAUUUCUGAUAUGCUCAUGUUUGACCGAAUGAAAGUAUAGAUUUGUUUCUUAAAGGAAGGUUUAAUAUAUAAAUAAAAUACUCUUAAACUCAUGAAAAAGUAAAUUUUACAAUUUGGGCAUUUUUAGAUGUUUAGUUUGCAUGAACUUGUUACAGAUUCUGCAGUGUGAAUAUUUGCAACCAGCUGAUUUGGCAUCUGAAAUUAUAGUGUUACACGUACACUUAUCAAAUCAACAUUCAGGAACCAUAAUAACAGUGCAUAGAAUGAAUGUCGCAGGAGAAGGUAGCUCUCAGUGCACAGCUGAACUUGGUUUUAUUUACAGGUUUAAAAGAAGUUGAUUUAACAUCCAGAAUACUUAAUUUUUCAGGAAGUGGUAUAGUGCCGUUGUUCUUGUGGUACUUUUAAAUAUUAAACCAUCUUGAACAAGUAGAAGCCUCAUACAAAACCUAUUUUACUCUAUCAAGGAUUCUAUAUUCCUUUUGUAUACCUGAUUCCUUAUUAAUUUAAACUCUAUUUAACAGCAGUCUAAGGAGAACUUUCUUAAAUACAGUUUGUAUUUAAAUUUUCUUAGAAUAAAAUGCACCGAGGUAGAUGCUCCUGGAAGAAAGCAAGAAAGAAGGCUAACUUAAAAAAAAAAAAAAAAUUUGGAUAUUUAAGAAUAUCCCUUACAGAGGGAAGCUAAUAUUAAAACUAGAAGUUAUGAAAGAUUAAUGGGUUCUGUUAUAUAACUAAGAACUGCAAGGCUAUCAAUAUACUUCUUCCUAAAGAUUAAGAAAGAAAUUCAGAUUGUUUGUAAAUUUAGGACCUGAAUAUUAUUUAUUCUGGAAAGGAAAAUGAGUAUAUAUGUAUUAUAAUAAGUAGAACUGGGAGGUGUUUAAGGUUUUAGAUCAGAAUGAAUAAAAUUAAUUUUGAGGGAUUGAGGUACAAGGACCCUUAACUCACUAAGGAAUUUACUUUGAUUAAUAUAGUUAUUCUAUUAAUAACACCUCUACCCCACCCCUAAAUCUCCUUAGGAUCUGCCAGCCUCAAAGCUGCCACCCAAAUUAGACUAAUUUUGAUACUUAGUCAGAAAUGAAAGCCUCAAGGGAGAAGGGAGCCCCAGACAGCUGUGUUUAGUCGGUAGGUGGCCCCCUUUCCUCAGGCAGCCCCGUUUCCACGCCGUGUUGGAAGGUUAAAUGCCACCGAAAGUGCUGUGUCAGCCAUGAAACCAAGGAUCUGAAUUUCAUGACCCUUUUACAUGUGUGAUCAUUCAAUAUUGAACAAAUAUUUAGUAAGUAUUUUCCAUGAGUACACUUUUUAACUACUGAGAUGUUCCCAGGAAGUACUCUGUCGAUACAUGCUAUCUAGGAAAACAGGAAAAUAGGCCACAUUGGGAGUGGCAUCAUUCAGAUCGUGGUCCCUCCUGGUUUUUCUUUUCAACUGAGUGAGUGCCUAAGUCACCCAAGCACACCCAUUACAAUUGUUCUUUCUCCUUCGUUUUCAGAUGGACAGAAAAAUGAUACUUAAAAUUUUUUCAUCAUUUUGUAGAUAAUACUAUAUAAAGCCAGUUUAACCUCUUUUAAAAUUUAGACUCUUCACAGUAAUAUAAAAGCAUAUUGAAAUUUUGGAAUAUUGUAUCAGGAAUGGUACCUAGAUUUGAAAAUCAAGUUUGAGUUCCAGAGACGACUCGUUUCUCUUGAGACCUCACUGGAGUUCUCUAGGAUUAGGAGAAUUCCACAGAGCCUUCCUGAACAGUGUAGUUGAGCAGGUGGUAUACCAAAGGCAGACCUGUAUAAAUCCAGGAGUUACUUCCAGAGAUUGUUUUAAUGAGCAGUCUUCUUACAUUUAGGCUUGAAAGCUUUUGGGUCUGGUACUGAGGAUAAGAAAGGAGCUGCCAGAAGUUCAAGAGUUUUCCUGGUCGUGAUUAUCUAGGAAACAUUUAGGUUCUAAAGUGGUAUUCAGGUGAGUUCUUUAGAGGGAACAUACUCCUGUGUGUAAGAUCAACUGUAUAGUCUUCCUCUUCUUGUACGUAUAGGAAAUCUGGCCUGCACUGAGUUUGAGUUAAUGUGACAAGAAAUACAGUAUUUUUAAAAUUUAAAGCAGAUUCCUUUCUUAGAAAACAAUAGGAAAAAAUUAUAGGUGGAUAUCUUUGCAGGAAUCUAACAAUUAACUCAUUCCAAGACAAAGAAGGGCCUAAGAAUCAUUUCAUUUUUUCCUGCAUUAGCCUUCUGAAGCUACUUUUUUGAUAGGCUCAGCACUUUGAAACUGACCGUUUUUUCUUGUUCAUGACAGUUUAAUUCCAAACUUUUAUUAUUUUCCUUUGUAACUUUAAGAUAGAACAAUUCCUUUUGAUAUUAAUUUUUGCCUACAUACCUGUUUGUAAGUUGAGACCAAAUGGGCAGAGUCUUUGACAGUUAUCAUUUAUGAUGUGUCUAUAUUGGGACAAAUGUGCAAGGAUUGCAGAGAUUAGGAACAGUCAUAAGAACUGCUUGAUUUAUAAAUGCAUUACUUCUGGUGCUUUAUAUAAUGGGAUAUAUUGAACAAAAAAUUUGUAUAUAUAGUAUGUCAGCAUUUCUUAGUAACUUUUCUUGAAUCAAUUUUUAAUAUCUAAUAUUGUCCAGGUUAGGGAGUUAAAUUCUUCAGGCCAAUACUAUACAGAAUGUAUACAUUUAUAAAAUAAAUUGAAAAAUUCAUCAUUCCCCUGUAUUCAAGACCAAAGCACAUAAAUGUUAAUGUCGGGCUCAGAGGGGAAAAUAUAGUUCUCCUGCAUAUUUGAGAAAAUGUGAAGUCCUUUCAAGAAAAUCUAAUAAACAUAAUAAUCAUAGCCUGCUGACACUAAGGAAAAAGGACCUCAUUCGCUCUUUCUUCCAUGCAGCGAUUUACUGGUCCCUCCUGAUUUCCAAAUUGGAUCACUGUAGUAAAUUAUCCACGCUGGUACCUGUGAAAGUAACCCUGGGAUCCAUAUUUGUUCUGUGUUCUGCUUAAAUCAGCACGAAUGAUAAAUUAAAUGGUGUGAAAUUGGGAGUAUCAAGGGCUUGCUUUGGUGAUUGAGCAAAUAGUGUCUCUACUUGUAAUUUGUUGUGACCCUCUUUCACUGCAUGUGCUGUGUAUGUCUAAUGUUUAUUUCAAUACAAAUUAAAUUGUUUCUUCAUCUGUAUUGUUAUAUCUGAGAUUUUAUUGACGUCAAAAUCAAAUUGUGGAAUAAAAAUCUCUCUGGAUUU